GCAGAUAGUGAUGGUUUUAGCUUUAUUGCCCCUCCCAUGUUGAAAUUUUCGUAUUCAGUAAACCUUGAUUCGACUUAUUGGUACAUUGAAGUUCAAUUUCGAAAGGCCAAUCUGACCAAGGUUAGUCUAAAUUCUCGAGUGGCAACCCUGUGUAGGAUCCAUAACAAAAGGAGAACCAAAACAAUAAACAUUGCCAUAUUAUAAGAUAAGAUAUGUUUAUGAGUGAUUUAUGAAGUAGAUGUUACGACAUUCAUGUGAGAUGACUAUACAUAUAAUUUCAAUCACUUCCAUAUCACUUCACAAUCUUAUAAACUUUAUAAUUAUAUAUAAAGAAUGAUGAAUUAAGACAGUUUUGAGUAUCCCGCCCUAUGAACUUUUCCCUCCCAAUGAGGACAAGCGAUUUGAUUCGACGAUUUUCAUGAAACUUCAUUCUCUCACCAAUCAGAUUCUGUUUUGUCCGUGGCACAUGCGUGUUCAUUCAAUUAUUACCACAGUUGCGUGAUAUACCUCGUGCAACCGGCCAUAUUGCAUUGAAUGAGUGCGUGAAUAACAAAAGGCUAAAGUAGCCAUAAAUAAAUCUUCCAACAUCCUUCGGUUGUGAAGACUUUCCUAUCAAUUGAUCAUCAUGGAAAAUUCCUACGGAAUCGGCGUGGCGAAUAGGUACGCUCUUUUUCUGGAUGAUGAAUCCGAUCCAUUAGAAACACUUUCCUUGAAAGAACAAGAAAAGGAGUCGAAAAAGAAGAUCAAAGUUGCCGAAAAGGAAAACAAAGUGAAAACCGAGCCUGUAACGAAGGGAAAACCUGCACCUGCCCCCAAAAAACCGGUCAAGGACCCUAACUUCAAACCUCUGGAUAAUAAACGGGAUGAAUCGAAAAUAACGCAGAGACCGAAUGCCGAUGGUAAACAGGACCGUGAAAAGUCUUAUAAUAAGACUAAUGAGAAUAGGGAGGAAAGGAAUAACAGGCGAAACCGUGAAGACCGACCGUUCAAUGGACCUUCUGAAAACCGAGACCGUGAAGAGAGGCCACGACGGGAACCGACUGGGGACAACUUUGAAAACCGCAAUCGUGAUAGGGGUGAAAGGAGAGAUAGGGAUGGACCACGUGAAGGGGGCCGCGAAAAUCGGGAGGGAGGUCGUGACUCCCGCGAUGCUCGUGCUCUAGGAAACAAACCUGGUGGUCCAAGAGGGCCCAGGAGGACUUUUGAUGACCGACGAGGCAAGCGUGAAUUUGACAGGCAAAGUGGAUCUGAUAAAACCCAUGGUUACAGAGGAGUUAAGCCGGUCGACAAACGUGACGGAGCUGGAGCCCAUAACUGGGGAUCUCACAAGGACAUUAUUGAGGAAGCGGAUAGGCCUACUAAUGAAGCUGAUCAGAGUUGGGGUGAUGAAGUCAAGCCUGAAAAUGUGGAACCAACAGAAAAGAAAGAGGAUACUGAAGCCGAAACAACUCCUACUGAAGAAGAACCUAAAGAAUUGACCUUGGAUGAAUGGAAGGCUCAACGUGCUGGUCGCGCUAAGCCCCAAUACAACAUUAGGAAAGCCGGUGAAGGAGAGGACCCCAGCCAGUGGAAGAAGAUGUUUGAACUUAGGAAAAAGGAAAAGGAAGAGGAAUCUGAGGAGGAGGAGUUCGACGCGUCCGAGUACCCGCAGCGCGUCGGCCGCCAGAAGCACCUGCUCGACAUCGACAUCCAGUUCAACGACAAGCGGCGACCGGGCGGCGGCGUCGGUGGGCGGGGUGGCAGGGGAGGGCGGGGCGGGCCGGGCGCGCGAGGAGCACCGCGCGGCGGUCGGGGCGGCGGUGGCGGUCGGGACGGCGAGCGGGACGGCGGCGAACGGGACGGCGGCGGGGGUCGGGAGAGGGGGGAGGGGCGAGACGGGGGCAGAGGGGGCCGGGGCGGUGGUAGGGGCGGGGACGGAGGACGGGGCGGAGACGGCGGGGACAGGCGUUACAGGACGGAAGAGCAGGUUGAAGAAAAAAGUAUUGAAGCCCGCCAAGCUCCAAAAGUUGAUGACGAACGUGACUUCCCCUCUCUCGGUUAGAUGAUUCAUCGAAGGUUGGCCAUGGUUUUUUUUCUAAAUAACUAGUUUUGGUCGACUAUGGAGGUGACUAUCAUCACAUUAUUAAUAAAAACUGUAUAUUACAAUUUAACUACUUUGUUACAUUGGUACAAAAUCUGUAUCUUAGACAAAAAACGAUGUCUUUAGACUUCUUAGCAAGUUUUUCCAAUUAUUCAAUUUCAGUGUAGACUGAGCCACUACAGGGUGAGGUUACUAGUCAGUGUUAAGCUGCAUUGUUAACAGUUUUGUGGCUGCUCAUUAUAGUGUCAACAUCAUUUUCAAAUUGCCUUUUCGAAUAUAAUAUCAAGUGCAUUUCUACUUCACCUAUUUAUUUAUUUUAUAGGUUGAUUCUUUGAUACAAAGUGUUUUUGUAUC